AUGGAGUAUGCCAUAGUAGAAGAGUUAGCUAGUUUUGGAGCUAACAUCCAUGUAUGCGACAUCUCCGAAACUUUGCUCAAUCAAAGUUUAAGUGAAUGGGAAAAGAAAGGGUUUCAAGUGAGUGGCUCAGUCUGUGAUGUAACCUCUCGACCCGAGAGAGAAAAAUUGAUGCAAACUGUCUCCUCGCUGUUCGAUGGCAAACUCAACAUUCUCGUCAAUAACGUCGGGGUAUAUCGCGAAAAGCCAACAACAGAAUAUGUGGCAGACGAUUUCGAUUUCCACAUCUCAGCAAACUUGGAAGCUGCUUACCAUUUUAGCCAGAUUUCACAUCCUCUCUUAAAGGCUUCAGGUUAUGGAAGCAUCGUCUUCAUGUCCUCUGUUGCAGGGAUUGUAUCAUUCUCCCGUGCAUCCAUUUACAGUUUAACGAAAGGAGCUUUGAAUCAGCUAGCAAGAAAUUUGGCAUGUGAAUGGGCAAAAGACGGCAUAAGAGCCAAUGCUGUUGCGCCUAAUAUCAUCAGGACUCAUUUGUCUCAAUCUUAUCUUGAUGACGUGAGUUUCAAGGAAGGAUUGUUCGGUAGAACUCCACUUGGUCGAGCUGGAGAGCCGAAUGAAGUUGCAUCACUAGUCGUCUUCUUGUGUUUACCCGCAGCUUCUUACAUCACUGGUCAAACCAUUGCUGUUGAUGGAGGUCUCACGGUUAAUGGUUUCUCUUAUCAACCACAGGCUUGA